GUCAAAAUAUGUCAGUACAAAAGUCAAAAUUCGCGUUAUUAUUUUUGUGUUGUUACUUGUUAUUUAAUAUUCUCAAAUAAUGCAUUAUAUUUAAAUGAAUAUGCUAAUCAGCUUACUAAGAAUCACAAAUAGGUUAGCAGUAUGUAAGGUGACCACGAUGGCAACCAGACAGUCCAGUGAUUUGUCAAAGUUUAAGCAGAAUUUAAAAGAAGCCAAGAAUAUUGUUAUCUUAUCAGGUGCCGGUAUAAGCGCAGAAUCUGGUAUUCCUACAUUCAGAGGUGCCGGAGGAUACUGGAGAAAAUAUCAAGCGUCAUCACUAGCUACUCCAGAAGCGUUUCGAAAUAACCCCAGUUUAGUGUGGGAAUUUUAUCAUUAUAGAAGAGAAGUUGCAGCCAAAGCUCAACCAAAUGCGGGCCACAUAGCUAUAGCUAAUUAUGAAUUGAAACACAGUUCAGACAAGAGCAUUACGGUUAUAACACAGAAUGUGGACGGCUUGCAUGUCAGAGCGGGAACAAAGAAUUUAAUAGAGCUUCAUGGAAACUUGUACAAAACUCGCUGCACCAAAUGUAAAGAAGUUCUUGUUAAUAUGGACAGUCCUAUUUGUGAGGCAUUAGCAAACCGUGGAGCACCAGAUCUUAAUAUUGUUGGCUCAGAUAUUCCGGUUAGAUCUUUACCACAUUGUAAAAAGGCUAAUUGCGGAGGAUUACUACGACCCCAUAUUGUGUGGUUUGGUGAAAGCUUAGAACCUGCUGUGUUAGAAAAAGCAGGAGAAGCAAUGGAAAGCUGUGACAUAUGUCUGGUAGUGGGUACAUCGUCUGUAGUGUACCCAGCCGCCAUGUUCGCGCCGCAAGCCGCCGCUAGAGGCGCUAUCGUCGCAGAAUUUAAUAUAGAAACAACUCCAGCCACGCCAGACUUUCAUUAUUACUUCGAAGGCCCGUGUGGAACGACCCUGCCACAAGCUUUGGCUGACUAAAUAGUAAAUAUAUUAUUACUAUAGGUACACAGGCUUGUUAACCGGUUUAUAAGGAAUUGAUUUUCAUGUUAAGAUGGGGUUUAAUCAAAUUAUGCUCGAGCUCAUAAAAGGAAAUGCAGUAGAUUGAGGGAUUGUGCUUAUUUUAUUUAGUUUUAGGAAAAAUGUAACUAAAAAUUGUAUAUAGAAGUAUGGUGUAAGUAUAAAAUUGUUUAUGAAAAAAUUAUAUAAUUAAAGUCUUAUUUAUUCUA